AUGUCGACCACAUCUGCAGAGAAGUUCGACCAGAUUGAAAGUCACCACCGCCAUGGAAGAUCAACCGGCGUCACGCGCUCGGUAAUGGAAGAUCAAGAACACAGCGCUGAGACAGCGAUGCAGCCUGUAAGGCCGCCGCAGGCAUCAUGGACGUCAAUGCCACACAAAGACCAACUAGCCAUACUGGCACUCUCUCGUAUGGUCGACUUCUUUCAAAUGGCAUCUCUCUCGACUUUUAUGGUCCACCAGCUCCAGUCUUUCGAUCCUUCUCUGCCGAAUUCCUGCAUCUCGCGUCAAGCCGGCAUGCUACAAGGCAGUUUUACGGCAGCGCAGAUAGUCACUGCCGUGUUAUGGGGCCGGGUAGCGGAUGAGCCCAAUAUAGGGAGGAAGAAAGUAUUGUUAGUAGGGUUGAUUGGCACGGCUUUCUCAUGCAUAGGACUUGGAUUUUCGCGUUCCUUCACGCAGGCCACCUUAUGGAGACUUCUAGGAGGCGCCAUUAACGGAACAGUGGGUGCAGCGCGGACGAUGGUGGCGGAGACCGUUGAGAAGCGUUUCCAUUCACGAGCUUUCCUCUUGUUACCGGUUGCUUUCAACGUAGCGAACAUCCUUGGGCCGAUCUUCGGCGGUAUGCUCGUCGAUCCGGUUACAUCGUUCCCUACUCUCCUGGGACCCAGCUCCGUAUUCGGGGGCCCAGAAGGCGUAGCAUGGAUGAUCAAAUACCCUUACGCUGCUACUAACAUGCUCAGCGCAGCUCUUCUCUUCGCCGAGGCUGCGCUUGUCUACUUCUUCCUACGGGAAACACUAGCAUCCUAUGCCAAACGUGGCCCCAGCCCAUUCGGCUGGCUUGACACCAGCAGAGGUCUUCUGGCCCGACUAGUACCGCGGCGAAAGAGCGACUACAAGGCCUUGGACCCAUCACAGUCUGUCGGCCUUCUUGCAGGUAUUGAAGGCGAUGCGAUCAACAUGACAGAACUCAGCCCGGAAGGGUAUCUGGAGAAGCCAUUCGCAAAGCCGAAGCUUUCAUUCUCUAGGCUAUGGACCUCAAACGUCGUUCUCACGUUACUCUCUAUUGCAAUAUUUGACUUCCAUAUGGGCGCCUUCUCCAGCCUAUGGAUCAUCUUCCUGUCCACCGAACGCGCUGAAAAGCACCAUGCCGCACGCUCUCCGUCUGAUCCGUUCUAUUUUGACGGUGGACUUUCCUUCCAGCCCACGGCAAUCAGCUAUGCGCUAGCCGUUAUCGGCCUCGUAGGCUUGGCUCUCCAGCUGAGCUUGUAUCCCUGGGCCAAUUCACGGUUCGGGCUCAUGCGCUGCUUCCGCUACUCACUGGUUUUGUUUCCUGUAGCUUAUUUCCUCGCACCCUUUAUAUCGCUGCUCCCGUCCUGGACCGAUGCGCCUCAACCAGCAUCAGGGCCAUGGAUCUGGAUAGGCAUCAGCAUGGUGCUAACCUUACAGGUUACGGCCCGCACAUUUGCGCUGCCAGCCAGUAUCCUCUUGCUCAAUAACUCCAGUCCGCAUCCUACUGUACUGGCUACCAUCCAUGGUCUUGGCUCCAGCACUAGCUCGAUGUUCAGGACUGUUGGACCUAUUGCGGCGGGAUUCUGGUAUGGUGUUGGCUUGGAGAUGGGUGCAGUCGGCAUGGCAUGGUGGAUCGUCGCUGGUAUAAGCUGCAUCGGUUGCAUUGCGAGUUUUUGGAUGCGAAAUGGAAGCGGCCGUGAGAUUCUGCUGCCAGGAGACGAGGAGUAUCAGGAAAUACAAGAGACACAGGCCAGAACACGGGAUUGA